AUGCCAUGCCGUGCCGUGCAGGCUGAGAACACAUGCCUGGUCUGCAGGGAGCAGGCAGAGUUCAGACUGUCUCCACUUGGCUGUGCCCUUGUGGUCUUAUGUAUUAAACAGCGCCAGGAGGCAUCACUCACUGCUCCCCGGAGUCCUGCGGCCACAGACCGGGUUCACAUCUCGGGGGAACAGCAGCUGGAGCUCGGUCCGUCCGUGGGAGAUGGCGGCUGUGGCGUGUGCGUGAAGCCUGCCGGGUCCACAGCAGUGUUUCUGCAGCAGUAUGACCCAGUGGUGUCCGGGCUGCAGAGAUGUCUCCGGAUGGACGCAGCUGAGUCUGGGGAACAGGAUCUUCAGAGUAAUCCUCCCAGCGCCACUUUUAAUGAAACAGAUUCUCAAAAGGAUCAAAGCACAUCUGUCUUUGUGGCUUUUCCUGCAAACCUCAAACCUUCUGGAUCCAGCCUGACUUUUGGAAUCGACCGCACCUUGUUGUCUGGAGUAAACAAUGACCUCCUGAUACACAUCGUUUACAAAUCAAGCAUGAUGGAAGGAGUCCAUGCCGGGACUAUGGGCCUGGACCCUCGCCGCCAAGAACUACUCGAGGCUCGGUUUUCAGGAGCCGGUGUCGGAAAGAAUUCUGUCAACAGCGAAUCGUCCAACCAGUCGCUGUGCAGUGCCGGGUCGCUCAGUGACAAAGAGCUGGAGACACCAGAGAAAAAGAGCAGUGGACCGAGAGGCCGGAAGAGGAAGGGCGAGGUUUCUGAUGCCACCAACCACCAGGGAAAUGGAAAAGGACAGAAAGUCAGUGACUACUUCGAUUUCCAGCACAGCAGCCCGUCCUCCACUGGAUCCAUCUUCACCGACUCCUCGUCCUGCAGCUCGCUCAAAACUCUGCGCCACAACUUCUGCGCUCACAAAGCCAUACAGUCUGAGCUGACGCUGCUGAAGCUCACGGCUCUGGAGAACGACAAGAACUCGGACCUGGAGAAGAAGGAGGGCAGGAUAGACGACUUACUGAGGGCCAACUGUGACCUGAGGCGGCAGAUCGACGAGCAGCAGAAAGUCUUGGAGCGCUACAAAGAACGGCUCAACAAGUGUGUGACCAUGAGCCAGAAGCUGCUGGUGGAGAAGUCCAAACAAGAGAAGAAGUCGUGCAGGGACAAGAGCAUGCAGGACCGCCUCCGCCUCGGACACUUCACCACGGUCCGACACGGAGCCUCCUUCACCGAGCAGUGGACCGACGGAUACGCCUUCCAGAACCUCAUCAAGCAACAAGAGCGCAUCACGUCGCAGCGGGAGGACAUGGAGCGACAGAGGAAGCUGCUCGGGAAAAGAAAACCUCCGUCUGUGUCGCAGUCGCCUUCGCUCAACGUCGAACAAAGCAAACGAAAGAACAGGAGCAACGGCCAAGAGAGCGAGGCGUUGUCAGUUGCCGAGUACCAUGAGCAGGAGGAGAUCUUCAAGCUUCGUAUCGGUCAUCUAAAAAAGGAAGAGGCAGAGAUCCAAGCUGAACUGGAGCAGCUGGAGCGAGUGCGGAACCUCCACAUCCGAGAACUGAAGAGGAUCCACAACGAAGACAGCUCUCAAUUCAAAGACCACCCGACGUUGAAUGACCGAUACCUACUGCUGUAUUUGCUUGGACGAGGUGGUUUUAGUGAAGUUUAUAAAGCAUUUGAUUUAACGGAACAAAGAUAUGUAGCUAUUAAAAUUCACCAGCUCAACAAGAACUGGAGAGAGGAGAAGAAGGAAAACUACCACAGACACGCCUACAGGGAAUACAGAAUCCACAAAGACCUUGACCAUCCGAGAAUAGUCAAGCUCUACGACUACUUUUCACUUGACACAGACUCAUUUUGCACAGUGUUGGAGUUUUGCGAGGGCAACGAUCUGGAUUUUUACUUGAAGCAGAAUAAGCUGAUGACGGAGAAAGAGGGCCGUUCUAUCGUGAUGCAGAUCGUCAACGCCCUCAAGUACCUCAACCAGAUUCGGCCCCCCAUCAUCCAUUACGACCUCAAACCCGGAAACAUCCUCUUGGUGAACGGCACGGCGUGUGGAGAGAUUAAAAUCACAGACUUUGGUUUGUCCAAGAUCAUGGAGGACGACAGCUCCGCAGACGGCAUGGACCUGACGUCACAGGGCGCGGGGACGUACUGGUACCUUCCCCCGGAGUGUUUCGUGAUGGGGAAAGAACCUCCCAAAAUUUCCAAUAAAGUGGAUGUUUGGUCCGUUGGAGUAAUCUUUUACCAGACGUUAUACGGACGCAAGCCAUUUGGUCAUAACCUGUCACAGCAAGAUAUUCUUCAAGAAAACACUAUUCUAAAAGCCACUGAGGUUCACUUUCCCCCAAAGCCUGCAGUCACCACAGAAGCAAAGGCGUUCAUCCGUCGCUGCUUGGCCUACCACAAAGAGGACCGUGUAGAUGUUCUACAGUUGGCGAGUGAUCCUUUUCUAAUGCCUCAUAUCAGAAGGACAUUGGGCAGUACCCCCCCAGCUGCCCCCCUCCCCUCCACCUCCAGCUGUUUCAGCAGCAGUGCCUCUGACAGAAGAAGUAUGUUAGAAACUGAAUAA